AUGAAAAAAUAAAUAAGAAUCCAAUAAAUGAAUACUCUUAACUAUAACCGAUUUAUUUACAAAAUAAAAAGAUAGAUUCUUCGCACAUCAUAAAGCCAACAUUUAAUAGAUUCUAUGAAAAUAGAGAUCAAGCAAAUUCAUCUCAGCAUUCUGAAAACCAAGAAUUAAUACUUAAUUAAUUCAAUAGGAUAGGCUCUUCUCAAAACAGAAAACGUGCAACAAGCUAAAAUAGGACUAAAAUAGCUAGCAAUAGUUUUAUUGUCUUUAAUUCUAACGCUACCUAACUAAAUGAUUCUCAUCACUUUGAAAUCGCCAGUGGUUAAAAUACUAAUGUUCACAAUACAAAUUAAUAAAAUUUAGGAUCUACAAACUUAGAGCCUUUGA